AGGUCAUCUAAAUUCACAAGGCAUCUUUUCCAUUUUAUUUUCCGCAUUCAUUAUUACUCAGAUCAGCCAACCAAUGUUUGGAAAAAGGCUAACAAUUAGCCAAAUUUUUUUCCUCUCAUUAGAGUUGAGGCAAAAACUUUGAGGUGGUAUGGGGCAUAAGCCUUGAUUUAAAUAAAAACAUUGAUUAGAAACAAAAGGGUAUGAUGAGGUAUUGUUAAACAUGAUGAUAUAUGUAAGUACAAGAAUUAAUAAUAGUAACUUCUAUUAAAUGUUGCUUUCUUAGACAAAGAUUUAAAAACAUUAUUUACAAUUUUUAUCUUAAUUUUUGUUCAAGUCUUUGGCUUUACAUGUAGUAAUGGGUUACUUAGCCUCCAUUCACGGUGCAGUAAACAUGGCAUGCAUGAACUUUCAUAUUUUUGAAGAAUGGUGCAGCAAAUUAAUAUUAUUAUUCUUCCAACCUUUUCAUGAGGCGGGAAGACCCAAAGAGGUGCAAGCCUUAGUAAUGUGUCUCAUAGCCUUAGUGCGUUUCAUGGAGUUUCAAGCCUCUUAUGUGUCAAUGACCCAGAGCCUUGACCCAAGGAAUGGAUAUUAAAGGGGUUGUUGCUGAAAUUCGAAAGGACAAAAACACUUCUCUUGUGCAGAAGGUAUUUACAGCAGAGUAUUCUUUAAUAUGCAAAAUUUCUGAUUACAAGAAGCCUUACUUGUCCUUCAUGGAUGGCAUAACAAUGGGAUUUGGGAUUGGCCUAUCAGGUCAUGGCCGUUACAGGAUCAUCACAGAGAGGACCCUCCUUGCCAUGCCAGAAAAUGGAAUUGGUUUGUUCCCAGAUGUUGGGUUUUCAUACAUAGCAGCACAAGGUCCAGGAGAAGGAUCAGUUGGCGCAUACCUUGGACUGACUGGUAAAAGAAUUUCAUCGCCAUCUGAUGCACUAUAUGUUGGUCUUGGAACGCAUUACGUUCCAUCUGAGAACUUAGACUCACUGAAAGGAGGACUCUUGACUACUACCUUUUCCGAGGAUCCUCAUCAGGAUAUAAAUACGCUCCUGGCAAAAUACAGUAGUGACCCUGAGUCUCCACCAUCAUUGAAGUUACUCUUACCUCAGAUAACUUCGUCCUUUGGCUCCGACAAGUCUGUUAAGGAGACAGUUGAAGAACUAAAGAAACACCAACUUGAUUCAAAUUCUUCAGUGGUGGAGUGGGCUAAGGAGUCUCUUCAAGGAAUAGGAAAAGGCGCUCCCUUUUCACUUGCCUUGACACAAAAGUAUUUCUCCAAAGUUGCAGCCUCACGUGGAAAGAGUAACGACGAAUUAUCCACUCUGAAUGGUGUUAUGAGAACUGAAUAUCGUAUUGCCUUAAGAUCUUCCUUGAGAAAUGAUUUUGCUGAAGGAGUUCGAGCAGUUUUGGUGGACAAGGAUCAGAAUCCAAAAUGGAACCCUUCAGCUUUGGAAGAUGUUGAUGACAAAGAAAUAGACUCCCUCUUCGAACCUCUAAGUACAGUGGCUGAAUUGGAAGUAUAGAUUUCAGAAAAUAUAAACCAAUUUCAAUUAAUAAUUGCCAACCUUUAAUUCCAUGUGCUUAAUUUAUUACUGUCCAUGAAAAUGACUGGAGAAUUUGUAAACUUUGAUAAAUAUUUGAAUUUCCUCAAGUAUAAAUAAGUUCCCAAGACUACCCUUUGAUUGCUUUUA